CUGAAGAUGCCCAGGCGACGAACGAGACAAGGUCCAGCGGCUCUCGUUCCGACGCUCGCGCCGGACACACCGCACAUGGAGGACGACCAAGCCGGCACUGCUGCGGCUGACGAGGCGGGGCACCUUGUACCGCUGAGGAGCCAUAGCUCCCCACCUGGAGGCGGCGAGGGACGCGUGACCUCCGGCCGGCGCAGCACAGCGCGACCCACGGGUACCGCCCGCCGCGCCCGGCAGGGAGACAGCCGGUCAGCCCAGCCCGGCACCUCUCGAGGGCGCUCCGCUCGCCGACAUCCGGUCGGAAACAGCGAAGGUUCAAACGCGGACAGCCAUUCCUCCGAGGACGACCGGUCACUCACCAGUGCUUACACUAGCUCAACCACGGAGGACAGCGAGAUCGACCGGCCGCCUAGGAGGAAACGAGCACACGCCCGUUCAUCGAGCCGCCGCCACCGCCGCCGGGCUCGCAGCACGGACAGUCACCGGCGGCGCACUCACACGCCGACACCAGCCAUAGACAUGCUGGACAUGAGCCGAGUCCCGGUCAAGUCCAAGCAGCCGCCGCCACCGCGCGCGCUGAAGCUGCCGACCAUCAGCGCUGCCGCCAUGCAGGCACUCGCCAACCGUGCCACGAUGGUGUCUGUAGACGAGGUAGUGUUCCCGCACGCGCCACCCGUGGACGGUGCGCGGGGACAGCCGCGGUACCCACCACUGAGUCCAGCAGCAUACCUCCGCGGCGUCACCGCCAUCGCCACGUACCGAGCCUACUUUUUCCCAGGUGCUGCCAUCCAAUGGCUCAGCUACGUACUGUGGCUGCAAGGUCAGGCCGGUGACCUCCCUACUAGCGCCCUACGCGACACAGAUGUCAAGGCGAGGACGCACAUCGCCCGGUACCAUAUGGAGUACCAGGACCCAGCCUCGCUGACGGAAGCCAUCGGACAAGCGCUCGCGGCACCAGCAGUGUACGCCCCCGCGCCAGCCCCGCCGCCGCAGCAGUCGAUCCCGGCCUUCUCCGUACCGUCCUCGACCGUCUCCAGCGCGGAGCCGACAUAG